CAAUCUUUUGGAUUUACAUUACAAGCGCCAAAACAAACUCCAAUGAAACAAUAAAACGUUAAGUCUUGACACAACAUAUGUCCACGGCAAUGUCUUCAACUACUACCACUUCCGCUACGGCGGCGAGUACUUAUCUCGUCCGACCACACGUGGUAGUGGUCGGGACAAGUUUCUCUAGCAAUUAUAGCAUCAGUUUUACAAAAAAACAGAAUGCUAGACUGAUGGUCAGGAGUUCGGCUGAUGGUUCACCGGCAUCGCCAGAAUUAGGGACAGCAACAGAGGUUGAAGAGUCGACAGAGGAGGGUCAAAUUGAAGUACCAAAGGGACCGCCUUCUUUGAUUUCUGCUCUUAAUGUCGAAAAAGCUCUUCGUGGAAUUGCCAUUGUAGAUGUAGAUUAUUAUGGUAUACUUGGACUAAAAAGAGGAUGUCCAUAUGACCAGGUUAAAGGUGCGUAUGAUCAAAAGCUUGAAGAACUAAUGAACCAAGGAUUGGAACAAGAGGAGCUAUCCAAGCAGCUUGAUCUCUUGAAAGAAGCAUAUACAAUAUUGUCGUCGGUUGAAGACAGAAGGUUGUAUGAUUGGAGCUUGGCAAGGAGCGCAAACCCAGAUCGAUAUGCUUGGCCUUUCGAAGUUGACAUCACCCAAACUGUUGAUUCGCCAGAUACUCCUCCACCCCAGGAGCCUGAAGAUGUGCAACCAACAAGAUUUACCGGAUAUUUUCUGCUCACUUGGAUAAUCCUAUCAAUCGCUUUGUCUGUUGCCUUUAAUCGCUAGCUUUGUUUUUCUUAUUUAUCGUAUAAAUUUGGGAAAUAAUGUAUCUGCUCACAUAUAAUUUGGCAUCACUCUUAUUCUUGUUUA